ACGCUCCAAUUUCAAUAUUCAAUAUAGCAACGAAAUAAGAGUGGGGGAAUUAGAUUCAUGUUGAGUUUGAUAACCUUUCCUCUAAGACCGGUGCGGAAAUCUAAGUCAUGUUUGUCAAUUAUAUCAUUGAAUGCUCAUAGGGUAUUCAACACGCGUACUAUCAGACCGAGAGCACAUAAACACCUACGCAAUUCAAUGCAUUAAGUGUUACAAUUUAUCAACCAAUGAGGUUACCGAAUUAUUUUGACCGCUGACGAUUGCUUAGCUUCUUGAAAUUCUGCCUCGUUUUGACACAACUUUGUCAUUAUUUCGUACAGCAUUUAAACAAAGAUCGUACAUAACAAUUUGGAUGGCGGUUCUUAAUUUCCGACUAACCAUGAAAGAGUUCUUUGACACAAGCAAUUUGCAAUCGAUGUAGAAGAGCUUCGCCCGUCUUUGUCGCUAAAUAAAUAAGACAUUACAUUUCUGUAAGCUCUAGGAAAUAUUUUGGAAGUCGCGUUAAAUAAAUUGUAUCGAUAGUUUUCUCGUUGUGAGAGAAUCGUACGAUCGGAACUCGUACUUCGUCGCGAUCAUAACCUGUACGCAUUUGUUUCUUAAAAAUGCCAUUCAAAAAGGACUUGCAGCUUCUGUUGAAGCCUUAUUAUUUGAUAAACAUUAUGCUCAGCGUAUCGUACAUCAUCUCGAAACGUGUACCAUUUGUUUGUCAUUAUGUGUUUGCGCAAUCCGAGUGUGAACUUGAUGGGAGGGAGACGGAGAUCCUAUUUUUUCUUAUGAUAGUUAUAAUGAUAAGGUCACGGAAAACUGGAAGCGUCACUAUGAUAAACUACUUGUCAUCCAGUUUCGUUUAUACCAAAGUUGCUAAUCUGAUUCUAUGGUUUUACGCGGACGUUCGUAUGGGCAUAUUGUUUGCCAUUGUGUUCAUUUUGUGCGGUUUGGUGUUCCCUGAACCAACGUAUCAAGGCCCAGAGAAUGUAAUUUACUUGCGCGGUGCGGAUGAUUUGCAGACGGAACUGCAACGCAACACAAGAGUCGUUUGGCUAGUUGCAUUCUAUACGGCAUGGAACCCAGCUUGCGUUAAUUUCGCACCGAUAUUUUUUGAGCUUUCCGCAGAAUACGCUUUAGAAAAUUUAAAAUUUGGGAAAAUAGACAUUGGAAGAUAUCCGGAUGCUGGUGUGAAGUAUCAUAUUAGCGAUGCCAGCACUAGCAAGCAGCUUCCUAGCUUAAUUCUAUUUAAGGAUGGUAAAGAGGUGGAAAGGCGUCCUUACGCAGACCAUAAAGGCAAACUGGUUAAAUUUCUUUUUUCACUGGACAAUAUAAAAGCGGCAUUUGAUCUUAACAAUAUUUAUAAAGAUUGUAAAAAGUCUCUUCUCAAAAAGAAAGAGAGAAAAACAGUGAAAGCAGAAUAACAUAAUAUAUGUUUUCGAGCAUUUGUUAAAAUGUUACCAAUUCCAUAGCAUUAUCAACAACUUCGAUCGAAGGAUGACUUCUACUAUGUAGAACAGACAUUUAGCGUACGUACAGUCAGUGUCUCGCGCAAAUUUUUAUUUAUAGCGAAAUACUAAUCUUUGUAAAUAUUUCAUUGUACCUUUUAUCAUUACACGCGUCUCAUGCACCACUGUGUUCUAUUAGUAAGAUCUGAUCUUAGCAUUAGGAUGAAACAAUGAUUUAUUGAAAGGUAGAUAUUGUUGCGAACAAUAUUGAUGUUGAAUGACAUGCGAGUGCCACACGUUGAGUAUCGUUUACACGCAUAAAAGGUUUUGCAUUAUAUAUGUUUAUUCAAAGCAAAAUGUAGCUUCUAGUUACAUUACCUAUACUUCGUAUUCAACGUUGCAGUUUUAAUUAAAUAAACGAUCGUUGAAGUAUACGCUUUUGUAAGGUUUUCAUG